AUGUCUGAGCUCGACGCAGAUCUAUACGGCGACCUUUACGGUAACGACGAGGGCGACUUUGCUGGCGCAACCGAUGCUGUCGAACUCAAGGCUGAAGAGCCUAUGCAAUCCCUAUCUGACACACCUGCAGACAUCCAGCCAACGUCAAGCGUCAAGGUAGAACUCAAGCAAACGCCUGUCUCUACAUCGUAUAUGAAGCAAGAAAUACCUACAGAACCCAUUCCUGUGCAGCAUCAAGAAUUGUCCGCCAUUUCAUCGACCCCACAACCUAUUCCAACUCCGUCUUAUUCUCCCCAGGUCACACAACAGAUACCAACCUAUCAGCAGCCUCAACCUGCGGAGUAUCUCGAGUCUCCUAUGCCGCAGUCCGCAGACGGUGCUUACCCGCGUGGUCAGCUGCCUGAACGGACUAUCAGGCCCUCGGAAAUGAAGGAUGAAGGCGGGAAAUCUUUAACUGCAGUCGUAUCGCAACUAGAUGAUUAUCCCUGCGUAGUCACUCCGUCGUCGUCUCGCCUAGCUACGCAGCUCUGUCGACUAGGUCUAGGCUAG